GUUUAGUUUAGUGCAUGGGCUUAGUGUGACAUUUGUUUUACAAAAAAAAUAGACGGUUAAUUUUACUAUUUAUAAAACGAAUUAUAUUAUAAAUGCAAUAAAUCCUUAUAAAUUCUAAAAAGGUGUCUUAAAAGUAAAGUCUAAAAUGCGAUUAUUGAAUGAGUGGUUUUUCGAUGCACCAUGGGGUAAAAUUGCAUUAAUAUCUUGGGGUAACGAAAAUGGUGCACCAGUACUGCUGGUUCACGGUCGUCAGGACAGCGCGGCCACAUUCCUGCCCUUAUUAGAAUACCUACCUGAUGAUCAUUAUUAUGUUGGACUCGACAUGCCGGGUCAUGGGAAAUCUGAUCAGUAUCCAAUCGGCACAGCGUUGACAAGAUUUUUCGGUGUUUUUGUUAUUGAUAUAACAAUAAAACAUUUGAAAUGGGAAGAGUUUAAAUGUAUCGGACACUCAAUGGGCGCUGCACAUACGCUAUUCUACAACGCUCUUUAUCCAGGACAAAUAAAGAAAAUGGUAUUAUUAGACCCAGGUCCAGCCCUCCAGUAUCUAGUAACACUUGAUUUGAGUAAACUGUACUCGUCGUAUGAGGGUUAUUAUAAUAAUUAUACAAAGAUAAACUCACACAACCGUGUCUACACAAUGUCGGAGGCUUUGCAAGCGGUAAUGAGAGCGAGGGGCAUGACAAAGAAGCAGGCUCAAGUUAUAUUGUCUCGAAAUCUUAGGAAAGUUGGUGAAGAUCAGUAUAGAUUGUCGUGGGACAGACGACUACACAAUUAUGCGCUAAUGAACUACACACCGGAGUAUUGCUACGAAUUAUUUACUAAAAGUUCACCGCCAACGCUGUAUAUAAUCGCAGAUCAGAACAAGAGGUACGAAGUCACGAAGGAGAGACUGGUAGCUGAUGAAAUUGUAAGGAAAGUAUCGAGAAAUGUCAAGAACUUCUUCAUAGUCCACGUUGAGGGGGGGCAUGAUCUCCAUUUCUUGAAUCCGGAACUCAUCGGAGAGGAUGUGUGUGAAUUUUUAAAGCGAGAUUUCACGAAAACAAAAUCUAAGUUAUAGUGAAGACUCUUUUG